GUAGAAUGAGUGUAUAGUGCAUGUCUUCUGUUCUGAUCUGUCAUUCGUGCACACAUAAAUAUUACGUGAAUCGUGGUGUGAAGCCGUCUGUUUUGCCUCAAAAAUAUCAGGAAAUGCUUAUUUCCAGCUUUUAUCCGAGUGGGUUAAUUGCUCGUAAUGUUUUACUACCAGGCCUCAAUCAGCUCCGAGGAAAGAACUAUCUAAACCGGCCUCGACUAAGAAAUCCUGUUUGGUUCGUCAGAAAAGAAAGAACCGUGCACGACGAACAUCUGACACCCGAGAACACCGCAUUUAUUAAAGAAGUUUUACACGACAAAUUUGGUCCUCCAGCACUGGUAAAGGGUGUGUUAACGUUUGAUCAAGCUAGUAAGUCCCUUAUUCAAACAGAAGAGCUUCCGGCAACGACAUGGACUCCUGGUCUUAAACGAACAGGUGUCAUUGCAAAGAAAAUAGGACAAUAUCCUCUAUGGAAGAAAGAUGGAACGAAAAUUCGUACCACCUUGCUACAGAUCAUAGAUAAUCACGUGGUUAAAUAUAUACCUCCAGAAGAGCUUAAUCCAGCUCAAGAGCCGCGUCAGAAACGAAACUGGCGAAAACCAUACGGAUGUUUACUCGUGGGAGCAGAAAGUAAGGAUCCCUCUGUGUUCACCAAGGAAUACUGUGGAUUGUUUAAGGAUUCCGGUGUAAUGCCCAAACAGCACUUGUGCAGAUUUUUCGUGUCACCAGAGGCUCGGCUGCUGCCCGGAACGCCGCUCAAUGUGUCGCAUUUUAGAGUGGGCGAUUACGUCGACGUUCGUGGAAAAACGGUGGAUCAUGGUUUUCAAGGUGUAGUAAAACGACACGGUUUCAAAGGAAUGCCCGCGUCCCAUGGUGUAACGAAAACUCAUCGUAGACCAGGCAACAUCGGAGCCGGUGGAGAAAAGGCGCGUGUUUGGCCUGGUACUAAAUUGCCUGGCCAUAUGGGAAAUCGGUGGCGUACUCUAAGAGGUCUCAGAAUAUGGCGAAUCAAUACCAAGUAUAAUGUUAUGUGGGUGCAAAGUAGCAACAUAGCCGGCAGUACGAAUGGUUUGAUUUAUAUCUACGACACUAUAUUGCCUUUGAGGAAGUGUAAAGAGGCGCCUGCUUUUCCCACUCACUUCGAGUCCGAGAAUGACGUGUAUGGGGACGACGAUAUAUGGCAUGAAGAAAUACAUAAUUUUAAAGAAGGUUCUAUAACAUUUAAGGAAGAAUAAAAUUUCAAACUGUCGGUAGAAGAACCAGA